AUGUCAUCUGAAGAGUUUGAGAAACUUCACGAAAUGUACAAAUGUUUGUACGACGAGCUAAAGUUGCUCCCAGACAGAGCUCUCAAUGCUCAAGGAGAGGAAAGAAAAAGACUGGUCAGAGUUUUUGAUGAGCGACAAGGGGAGGCAGAGGAAGUGUUACAAGGCAUGGAGGAUGAGCUGCGCGGAGCCCCUCCAUUAUUUCGGAAUGCCAUGAACACGAAGCUGCGUAUCUAUCAAAGAGAUAUGGCAAAACUACAGAGAGAGAUGAAGAACAACUCCUCGCAUUUGACUUCACAAGGAGGAAACUAUGGCAUCUACUCUGAACGAAAUCAGCACAGUACGCACUUACAAUCCCAAAGAGCAUUACUUCUGCAGGGAACUGAGUCCUUGAAUAACGCCACUCAAAGCAUCGAACGCAGUCAACGUAUUGCAGUUGAAACGGACCAGAUCGGCACAGACAUAAUUGAAGAGCUGGGAGAGCAGAGAGAGCAGCUGGACCGCACUCGAGAUAGACUUGUAAAUACGGGUGAAAACCUCACUCGAAGUAGAAAAAUUCUGCGUAAAAUGGCACGAAGACUUGUGACUAACAAGUUGCUUUUGGGGAUUAUUAUUCUCAUGGAGGUGGCCAUUUUGGGAGCAGUUGUAUACCUCAAGUUUUUUAGAAAAUAG